AUUCCCAUGGGCCAUUGCGCGAGGAAGUAGUUUAUGUAGUUUCUAUGUUGACUGUAUAUCCUUUAGUUUACUAUACUAAUUAGUAUGCUUGUGAAUUGAAACCAGGAAUGUAUGCGUUGUCCAAAGGGUCAAGCAAACUCUUAGGGAAGACAAGGCGGGGGCAUACUCAAAACGUGGAUAGCCUUGAAGUUGAAAGUCCGAGAGAUAUUCAUAUUGCAAGCAAACGCUACGGAGAAUUCAACUGCCCAGCCAAUAUGAGCUCUCCUAAGCCAGUUUUUCAACAAGUGAAUGGUAGGAGAUCUCACAUUCAGAAGAGCAAUCAAGAAAACAUAACGCCACAACAUGAAGAAAUAACUCGAUACAUUCAUGAUACUUGGAAACUAGUGAGUAGAGAAUAUGAAGUUGCCAAACAACCAGGUGCAGGAGGAAAAGUGCCUAGUGUGGUAUAUUAUCAAGACCACAGUUCAACCAGUCAGUUACCUACUAAAGUCAGAAGUCAAAAGCUGUAACUUCAGUGGACCAUUUUUCAUUUUAAGCACAACCAGAUCAAUACAAUGCUCAUGUUACAACUUGGACCUACAUGAUUUUAUGAACAUAAGAUUGUUGAAUGACUUGACAUCAGUUCUUUAUAUAGAUAUUUACCACUUUGUUUCUUUAUUAUGGCAGUGUUUUGUUAAUAUGUAUAUAAACUGUUGCUUAAGUAUUUGAUAAAUACAAUUAUAUCUUAACAAAAUGCAAGGUGUGUGUGCUUUAUUUUAAAAACAGUUGACCAAUGGAAGAAAUUUAGAAAUAUCUAUAUUAGUGUAUUCAAAUUAAUUAUAUUAACACAUCAUGUACAUAAUAGAUUCAUUAGAAAUUAUUUAAAUGAAUGUGAGGAAAGCUAAGUAUCUUUUUAAUGAGAGUUGUCUGUCUUGUUGUAACAUGCCAUAUUUGUCAACAGUAUUUUUUAAAAAUUUAGUGAUAUGAAUGUAAGAUGAAACUCCACUGUAGUGACUUUAUAUGCUCUGGUAUAUUGACAUGGUUGAUAAAAUGCAUUGUCUGUUUUGCUAUUAAAAAUUAUCAGUUUAUAUGAAAAAACAACUUUGGGUGUUUUCAGUUGUCAAAUAACAUACCUUAGUAAUAUUUUUUUAAAACUAAUAUUACAUGAUGAUGUGUGAUUAUAUUUUACAAAAACAUUGGGAUGCUGGUAUGUUUCUACAUGUUUAGGCUGUUAUUCUUCCUUAUGAUACAACCCAUAAAUUUCUGAUUUAAAUGUGCUUUUUAAUUACAUUACCAGUGUGAUGUGACAAAUCUAUGUUGUUGAUGUUAGUUGUAACUUUUUUGCAGUGGAUAGUUUUGGCAACCAAAGUUAUGUUUAUUAAUGCAACUUUUAUUAACAACUUAGAAGAUACUGUUAUUGAUAAAACAAAUUAUCCUCAAGUUGAUUAGCUUCAUUUUUAACAAUUUGGCAUUCAUGUAGUAAUAAGCAUAUCAGUACCUUAAUUAUCUGAAAUAUUAAAUGUUUUUCCAAUUCUUAUUAGGCCCGGCAUGGCCAGGUGGUUAGGGCACUCGACUCGCAUUCUGAGGGUCGCGGGUUUGAAUCCCCGUCCCACCAAACAUGC